CGACGUGUGCGCUCGUCCAAUCCCGAGAAUAAAAUUGAAGGCAACGUGGUGAGGGGCUCAAGGGCAACCCGGCAGACUGACGUGAUAGCAGAGGAGCGGCACAAGGCGCCUCGUGUCAAGGGCUGUCAAAAGAAGAAACUGUUCAGCUCGAGCUGUUCCGAAGUAAAAGAGUCCUGCUGAAGCAGCCAUGGACCAGGCCAGGUCGAAAAUAUCCAAAAUUUUUAACGGGGAGCCGCACUCGUACACGCGGUUCAACCUGACGCAGAACAUGGAGGGGGACAACAGCCAGGUGGAGAUGAAGCUGUCGUCCGACGUGGACGAGGAGGUCGGGGCCAACGGCGUGGGCGACCACCUCAACCACGCCGGCAACAACAAGCCCUACGCCGCUCAGAAGCUGGGACGCACGCCCAAGAACCUCUGCUUCGUCGCAGCCUCCGUCCUCCUCAUCUUCAUCAUCGGGUACCUGAUUGGUUACGUGGUCCACCGGAAGAAGGACCUGGCCCCCAUGUGCGCCGCCUCCUUCCUCCCCGCGGGGGACGCUGUGCUCUCUGAGACCGGCGCCGCCCCCCUCAUGAACUGGGACGACGUCAAAAAGCUCCUCGGUGACAAACUCACCGCUGCCCAAUUAGAAAAGGCCUUCAGCGAGUUCUCCAGAACCGAGCACAGGGCCGGUUCGACUGGGGAUGAGGAUCUAGGGAACAAGGUUCUUUGGAGGUUUAAGGAGUUGGGCAUGAAGACCUGGGCCGAGGAGCACUUCGUCAAGGUCCAGGAACUCCCAGCGUCGGUCUCCAACAAAGUGGUUUACAAGGGCCAGCAGGAGCUGCAGCGGGGCUUCCUGAGCUACAGCGCCAACGGGUCGGCCACGGGCGCGGCGCUGUACGCCCACUACGGCCAGGAGAGCGAGUUCAGACAGCUGAGGAACAGGAACAUCGACGUCAGCGGCCGAGUCGUGCUGGUCCGCGCCGGAAAGAUCAGCUUCGCAGAGAAGGUGGCCAAUGCCGCUAAAUUGAACGCCUCUGCCGUAUUGAUCUACCCAGAUAGCCAUGAUAUUGGAGACAACACCGAGCUUUAUGGACACGUGCACCUGGGCUCCGGCGACCCCUACACCCCCGGCUUCCCCUCCUUCAACCACACCCAGUUCCCCCCCGUGCAGUCGUCCGGCCUGCCCCGCAUUCUGGCCCAGACCAUCACCGCCGGCACGGCCAAGAAGAUCCUCAAUGGGCUCGGAGGCCAAAACCCGCCUCAAGAAUGGACGUCCCACUACUACUACAAACUGGGAGACGAGAGCGACGUGAUCACCGUGGAUGUCAACAACGUUCUCUCUGAGAGGAAGAUAGUGAACGUGUUUGGGGUGAUCAAAGGCUUCGUGGAUCCAGAUCGGUACGUGAUAGUCGGUGCUCAGAGGGAUUCCUGGGGCCCCGGCUUUGCAGCGUCCACCGUCGGCACCAGCGUGCUGGUGGAGCUGGCGCGCUCCAUCUCAGACAUGGUCAAGAACGAUGGAUUCAAGUUGAGGAGGAGCAUCGUGUUCGCCAGCUGGAGUGCGGGAGAAUACGGGAGCAUUGGCGCCACCGAGUGGCUGGAGGGUUAUCUGUCCUCCCUGAGCAUGAAAGCCUUUUCCUACAUCAACCUGGAUGGUAUUGUAACAGGUCGGACUGGAUUUAAAGUGGCGACUAGUCCCUUGAUGUACAGCCUGAUUGAAAAGACUCUCAAUGAGGUGAAAGACAAGAAAGUGUCUCUCUUCAGUCAGUUUGCAAAGACUGACUGGCAGUCCAAUGUGCUGGAGCCCAUGAAGGUGGAUAAUGCUGCGUAUCCCUUCCUGGCCUUUUCUGGCAUUCCCUCCGUUUCCUUCAGAUUCACUGGUAAUUCUGACUACAAUUUCUUGGGCACGAUGCUGGACACCAGAGAGAAGCUGAACAUCGCCACGUCCUCCGAGGUGGCCCAGCUGGCUGAGAGGGCGGGCCGCUUCGCGGGCCACGUGGUCCUGCGGCUGGUCCACGACCACCUGCUGCCCCUGGACCCCACCAGCUACUACACCGUCAUCCGCUCACAGGUGGCCCGGAUCAACGGAAAAGUGAAGCAGGUCCACAGGUCCCAGCUGCUGCCCCGGGCCCUGACGGUGCAGUGGCUGAUCUCUGCAGCCGGAUCCUUCGACCGAGCCUCCUCCAGCCUCAUGGAGGAGAUCCAGAACAGCAACCUGGAGGACAUCGAGAAGUGCCGCAUCCUCAACGACCGCAUCAUGACGGUGGAGAGGAACUUCCUGUCCCCCUACAUCUCCCCCCGGGACGUCCCGUUCCGCCACAUCCUGCUGGGCUCGGGCCCCCACACCUUCGGGGCCCUGUCGGGCCACCUGGACGCCCUGAAGACCAGCGACCCCGAGGCCGACACCGACCUGUUCCACACCCAGUUCGCCAUGGUCACCUGGACCGUGCAGGGCUGCGCCAACUCCCUGUCCGGGGACAUCUGGUCCCUGGAUAAUGAAAUCUAAACAAGAAAAAAGCAUCUUCCCGGCUCCCUUGUUCACAGCACGGCCCCUCGUAUCAUCAUAGCGGCGCUGCCAAACAUGCAGUUGAGCAGCUUUUUAAAACAAAACCUCAAAAGUUAAGCUAUUUCAAAAUAGAGAUAUAAUUUAAACUCAGAGCUGCCUCGUCUCCCUUGUUACUGAAGCCAAACACCGAGAAGUGAGCUGCCUUAAAACAAAAAAUAAAUCCAAUAAUAAUAAUAAUAAUAAUAGUCAAAAUACUUGGAGCAUCUCUCGACCUCUAAUCUUAUGGUGCUACGAGUGACUUACCUUGAAAUGCCCAUGUUAUGUGACAGAUAUACUUGACCGACCCUUGCAUUAGCUGAAUGUAUUGAAAGUAAACCCUCCGGGACAUUUAUCAGGUCAUAAUUGUAGUAAAAGCUGCGUCUGCCAGCUCGGAUAUAUACGAGAAAAAGCUCUGUGUAAAGGACCAAAUACCCGUAUUUGGUCAUUUCUUUAUUCAGUUACUCUUGUAUAAAUAUUUAUGAUUUACAUUAUUUUAGUGCUUGUCUUUAACUGAAAGGAAGAACGAUCCUUUGAAAGGAGGACUGAUAUGACCUAACAAUAAAAAUUAAAAAAAAAAAAAAUAUAUAUAUAUAUAUAUAUAUACAUUUAUAUACAUACACACACACAAAAAUAUAUGUAUUAAUAAAAUAAAUAUAUGAUAUAUUAAAAUAUAUAUUAUAUAUUAAUAUAAUAUGCCUUAGGUUUUUACCAACAUGGUAUUAACCAUUAAUAUAUAUGCAGACAAGUUAGAAAGUAAAAAAAUAUAUAUAUUUCUGAGUCUAAUAAUAAAAAAAAAUAUAUACGAAUGAUCCUUUGAAAGGAGGACUUUAUUUUGAAAAGGACUUUUAUUUUGAAUGUUCGAACAGGAUAUCGUCCGUUGCAGUUAACGGUUUAUCACUAUUUCCUUAAACCUGUUUAUCAUAUGGUUUAACAGUUUGUGUCAGGUAUAUUUAACAAAAAAAACCCCGUCAAAAGCCAUUAACUGCGACGGAGGAUAUCCUGUCUGAACAUUCAAAAUAAAAGUCCUUUUCAAAAUAAGGUUAUCCUUUAAAUUAAAGACAGGUGCUAAAAUAAUGUAAAUCACAAGAAUAUUUAUACAAGAACUGAAUAAAGAAAUGACCAAAUACGGGCAAUUGGUCCUUUUACACUCAGUGUUACAAGCGAAAGACUACAAUAGAGAAACGCCUGCUGAACACGUUCAAACCUUUGCUACUUUUUGGUUGGCAGGUGCUCUCUGGGCGUCAGGACGUGCUGAACUCAACUGGCCACACGUGAUAUUUUUACAGUGACGCAAAUACACGUUAGACAUCACAGCUAAUCUGCGUCGGCCUUCCAAAUAAGCGAGGGAGAAGUCUCCAAACAACGUGGCACUGAAAUGAACCUGUCUAUUUAUUGUUAUUUAUUUAUCAGUGACAGAGUUCACUAUAAAUAGUUAUUUUUUAAUCGCCUUUUUGUAUAAUUAUCGGAAGCAGUGCCUUCCAUAAUUAUGACAGUUAUACUGUCGGAAAGAAAAAGCAGCAUCUGCUUGAAGAAGUGUACAUGUCGCCCAACAGCCUGUACUGAGCGCACAACUUUUUAGUUUUUUUUUUUUUUAAGUUUGUUUUUUCUUCUGAACUGACACUGGAGCGGUCUCUCUCGAGCAGUUCCAGCUGGAUCCUGUCAGAACCGGCCCAUUGGGACAUGUACACUUCUCAUCCUGUCAACAUUAUCGGGAGCAGCGUCUUCCAUAAUGUGGAAAAAAACCAGAAGGUAGUUUUUGCCUACCAGUGUGUGUCCGUAUCGGAGGCAGUGCCCUCCAUAUUUCACUGUAGGGGUGGAUGUUUUUUUAUUAUCGGGAACAGUGUUUCCCAUAAUGUUGUAUAUAAAGUUCAUAACGACGCACCCGCGUCCAUGCUCAUGUCUUUUUAGCGCGCUCUCUCCUAGUUUUCUCGUCUGUGAAGUGAAGAAUCAGAUGUGGUUGUAUGUAAAUCGGACGCUAGUCUUGUUUCUUUGACGCAAAAGAAUUGGAUUUAAAAAGAAAAAGCAUGUUAGACUCGUUGGAGCGCCGUCGAACACGACGGCCGGAUCCAGUUUUUUCCAAGAGUAAUCAGCCUUUGUAUUACUGAUUCCAUCUGUGUGAAAACUUGUUCAUUCUUGAGAUUUCUUUGUGCCUUUUUGGUUCUGACUGCACUAUAGAGCUGAGCUUCUACAUAAAUACUUAAAAAUGUUUUGAAAGAUAAAAGAUUUGGCUUGUUUCAAUGUUUGUGCAUUUCUUUUCCUUUUAUGUCGUGUGUAAAAACCUAAUGUAUGUUUUUAGAUGAGUUAAUUGAGGAAUGAAAAGGAGAGCAAUUGGAUUUUAAAGUUGAGUAAUUUGAAAAAGUCUAAACAUUACUCAGAUUUGUGACAAUCUAAAAAUUUUGGUUUAGCAUUAUUUGAAAAAAAAUCACUUUUAGUUUAAACUGAUUUGCUGAGCUUUUAAUAACAGGCUGUGCAUCUACAAAAAAGGAUGUAUCUGCAUUUAUUUCCACCUUAAACUGUAUGAGAGUUUGCUUAGCUUUUUUUUUUUUUUUUUUUAAAUAAAAUUCCCAUCCUGUC